UUUAGAUAAAACGAACCCCAGUUUCAGCGGCGUGAGUGAUUCACAACGCAAAAACAAGGAAGACGUUAAAAAGAAUAAUUCCACCCAACAAGAACACGACAAUGAAGAGCCCACUAGCGAAGAAGACAAUAAAAACAGAGCUUAUGAUCACUUGACUACGUUGCUGUUGUUCGUUGGUUAUUCACGUAGUCGACACAGCUUGGUGUCUUCUUUACUCGAUGCUCAUCCACACAUGAUAGUUGCCGACGAAUCGUACGCGCUGAGAAAAUGGAUUUCCAACCCAGACUGGAAGACGGUUAACUCGAAGUAUGAUUUUUUUGAUACCAUGAUGGGAAAUUCAGUGCGGUCUUCUUUACAUGGUCGAAGAUCCCGCGAAUCGAAAGGAGGCGUUACCAACCUCCAAUUGUUUGGCUACAAUGUUCCUGAUCAAUGGCAGGGAGCGUACGAUCGAUAUAUUCAGGUCAUUGGAGACAAGACAGCAUGGGACACUGCAGUAAUGCUUCGUCUAAAAGGCACAGCCGCAAUUUACGAGAUGGAAGAGAAACUAGGAGUGAAAGUCAAGUUCAUUCACGUUGUUAGAAAUCCCUUUGACAAUAUUGCAACAUUUGUUUUACGUCACAGAGAUAUCCAGGCCAGGGACGCUGAUCCGAACAUCAAGAACUCUCAGCAGAUUAAUGCGAGUGAAAUUCUGGAUAUAAAGAUACAGCUUUACAAUAACUGGGCAGAGGGAACUCACGUGGCACAGAAAACCUUCCCAGAAGACUUCAUAAACGUUGUCAGCAUGGAUGUUGUGAAAAAUCCAGCGGAUUCACUCAGAAGAAUAUGCGAUUUCCUCGAUAUCACGUGUGAAGAAAAAUACAUCCAGGACUGUGCAGCUAUAGUGGAUCCAGUCCCUUCAAUCACCCGACAUCGCAUUGUGUGGACGGAUGAACAGAUAAACAGGGUGUAUGCAAUGAUGAAGAAGUUUCCCUUUUAUGACAGGUUUACAUUUGAAGACGAAUGAAUAACUCCUUAUCAUAAUGAUAGGGACAAAAAUACGUGCUUCUUUACGUGAGGGCGGCGUUCAGGUGGG